GUCCGUUUUCGGUUCUUACAAAGCAGCAGUCGAAACAAAAAGUUCGCAAAUUUUAAUUUUUUUUUUGUAGAAAAUAAAUGCUUCUAUGCCAUAUUUUAAUUGUUGGAGUGUGAUCAAGCGACUAACGCCGACGCUUUAAAAACGCCCUGAGUAUUGCAUCGCGAAUCCGGAUAAUUUGAAGACGAUCGAAGCACCUACUGAACAAAAAGAGAGCAUAAAUAGGUGUGCAGCGAUACUGAAAAAGGAAAAGUAUGGAAAGUCCAUGUGAAUCAGAAAGUUCAUUAGAUGGUGGAACUAUGUUACCCCCCAGUCCCGUAUCCAGGGAACAGCUGCAGAAACGUAUAGAAUCUCUGACCCAGCAGAACAAAGUUCUAAAAGCUGAAUUAGAUACCAUGAAAAUAAAGUGUAAAGUCGUCCAGGAAGAAAAUAGAACGCUUAAACAAGCUUCGGUGAUCAUUCAAGCCAAGGCCGAACAAGAAGAGGAGUACAUUUCAAAUACCCUACUGAAGAAGAUUCAAGCCCUAAAAAAGGAGAAGGAGACACUUGCUCAUCAUUACGAACGCGAAGAGGAAUGUCUCACGAAUGAUUUGUCACGGAAACUAGAUCAGCUUCGCCAAGAAAAGUGUAAAUUAGAACAAACGCUGGAGCAGGAACAAGAGUGCUUGGUAAAUAAAUUGAUGAGGAAAAUUGAAAAGUUGCAGGCAGAGACAGACAACAAGCAGACAAAUCUGGAACAACUGAGACGAGAAAUGGUCGAAUUGGAAAAUACUCUGGAGCAGGAGCAGGAAGCUUUAGUUAAUAAACUCUGGAAACGUAUGGAUAAGCUGGAGACAGAAAAACGUUUGCUUCAAAUAAAGCUGGAUCAACCAGUUUCGGAUCCAACAACACCACGUGAUAUAACAAAUGCCAACGGAGAUACCGCCUCCAAUCUGAGUUCUCAUAUACAAACCUUAAGGUCGGAAGUUAUACGUCUAAGAGCCAAUUUGGCUGCGGCCGAAGAGGAAACGGCAAAGAAAUUGCAACAAUUUGCACAAGAGGAAAAGUCAAUAAGGGAAGAAAAUGCACGUUUACAACGCAAACUUAAGCAAGAGGUUGAAAGACGUGAGGCCUUGUGUCGCCACUUAUCCGAAUCCGAAUCGUCUUUGGAAAUGGACGAAGAGCGUUUCUAUAAUGAGAACAUUUUAGCAUCGGGAGCUCCCCUAACUAGUGCGGCAUUAAACGCACAUCGUCAACGUACUAUAAGCAGCCCAGUGUCACAUAGUCCAUCAAACAGCCGCCCAUUAAGCCCUGGCAAUUCACAUAACCGCUGCUAUGCCUGCGGCCAAGUUGUUAAUCGCCGUGCCAGUGAACGUUUUAUAAAACCGGCUCUGCCAACGCCUAUGUUAGGCCUUAAUACAUCUGCACCCAAUGUUUUGUCGGGAUCUUCUGGUGCUGGCCCAUCCGUUGUUGGUGGCUUAUUUUCAUGUUCCUCAAAUGCCACAGGCCCCUCUUCUGGGUUCCUAGGCAAUGAACGUUUGUCAUUCAAUUCAGCAUCUCUAUUAAGUAACAAUGCCACCGCAUCUGCCGGAUCUUCCAAUACGCAACCAUUCAAUAUUAAUACGUCCAAUGCGAGCGCGAACAGCAGUAAUUCGGCUUUCACACCCACAAAUCCAAGUGGUAGUAACACCUUUGCUCAGCCAGCCAGUCCUAUGGACACAUCAACAUGCAAAGACUAAAUUUGAAAAAUUGUAAACAACAAAGAACAGCAGAAGUGAAUCUUACGUAGUUAAACAAAUAAUAAUAUGUUGUAUGGAAUUUUUUAUUUAAAUUACACCUAAGUAACGAAGUUCUACGAAAGUCUACCAUUCUUUGGUUUGCAUGGAUACAAAAAACAAAAAUAUUUCAAAUGGAAGCGAUAAAUUACAUAAGCGCAAGGUAUUCUUCCUAUUCAAAUAUAU